AUGGAAGGGGAGAACGCCCCUGAAGAAGAAAUUCAAAGAAAAUCAUGGAAGGAUACCGUAUUAAGCCCCUCUCUUUUACCGGGUAAUCUUCGAUUCCUGAUCGAAGUUGAAGAGGAAGAUUCGGAUGAGGAGGAAGAUUGUGAAGGGAACGAUAUACCGACAAUCAAGAUUCCCCAAGAAUUAAAAGAAAAAAUGAGAAAACCUUGGAGAAAAACGCUCAUUAUCAAGAUUUUGGGUAGAACGGUAGCUUACAAAACCCUUAUCAACAGGGUGACAAAUCUAUGGAAAUUAGAGGGUGAGUUCGAGUGUAUUGAUCUUAGCUAUGGGUUUUAUGCAAUCAAAUUCCAGAACAUGGUGGAUAGAGCAAAGGUUUUAAUGGAAGGCCCUUGGAAGAUAAUGGAUCACUACAUCACGGUUCAAAGAUGGCGCCCUAAUUUCGUAGUAGCAAGUGCAAGUAUUCCCUCCACGGCAGUUUGGAUACAUAUCCCUGGACUUCCAAUUGAAUAUUUUAAAGAAAGUGUUUUAUGUAAUUUAGGAAGAUUAGUUGGUAAACCCCUGAAAAUCGAUUAUCAUAUUGCUUGGUCAACAAGAGGACGUUUCGCUAGAAUAUGUGUUGAAAUUGAUCUCAAUACUCCCCUGUUGUCGAAAGUGCAUAUAGGGAAUAGAGUUUACAAUAUUGAAUAUGAGGAUUGCAUUCAAUUUGUUUCAAGUGUGGUGUAG